CGGUCGCCAGCUGCGGAGGCCGCGGGUGGGCUCUCCUUUUGCAAAGAUGCCGGUGGAUCUAGGCGCCUGGGGGGGCUCGUUGAGCCUCGUGGAGGUGGAGGAGCAGCCGGCCAACCCCCUGCGGGUCUGCUACGGGUCGGUGGAGAUCGACGAGCUGGGCAAAGUGCUCACCCCAACCCAGGUUAAGAAUCGCCCAACAAUUAUUGAGUGGGACGACUGUGACCCUGAGAAACUCUAUACCUUGGUUCUCACUGAUCCUGAUGCACCUAGCAGGAAAAACCCAAAGUUCAGGGAGUGGCACCAUUUCCUGGUGACCAACAUGAAAGGCAACGAUAUCAGCAGUGGAAAUGUCCUGUCGGACUACGUUGGAUCAGGGCCUCCUAAAGGAACAGGGCUCCAUCGCUACGUGUGGCUGGUCUACGAACAGCUGCAGCAACUGAACUGCAGCGAGCCCGUUCUCAGCAACCGUUCCGGGGACCAACGCGGCAGUUUCCACGUGGCGGCUUUCCGCAAGAAGUACAAGCUGGCGGGCCCCGUGGCCGGCACGUGCUACCAGGCAGAGUGGGAUGACUACGUGCCAAAACUCUACGAGCAGUUGUCCGGGAAGUAAAGCCCUUCUCUUUGUCCUGGCUUCCCUCUCUUAGAACACCUCUUUUCCCUGUAGUGUUAAGUCGGUUGCUUGAACCCUGAGCUGCUCCUGAUGGUCACACAGGGACAGAUCCUGUUCACUUGCUAACCUGAUUGUCUGUACCGGCUAAUCAGCAGUGGGCUAGUCCAGAGAUGUAGUCAAUGAAUUCGUUAAACAUGGUGGGGAGUGCGGCCAAAUUUCCCCUGCCUUUUCAUGGCUCUGUUCACACACCGUUUGAUUUGUCCCCCUUACCCCCUGCUGACUCACAUUGUCAAUAUUUCAUCUGGAAUAGUAUUACAUUACGGCUCUCUCUCUCUCUCUCUCUCCCCCCCCCCAAAUAUUUCUCUAAGACUGGUUACAGCAGGGCUUUUGAGGUUCUUGGAAACUUUCCAACUUGAUACACAAAUGGUCAUUUCUGCUUUAGCCCUCUGUUAAUGAGGGGGUUCCUGCAGAUGUCCUAUUGAUUUUUGGAACUUUCAAUUAAAAGCUUGGAAUUGAA